AAUGGGCUCUCUGCUAUCGUCGCUGCUGAGGCAAAAAGAAGCAGAGGUAGUGGAAGGAGGUGAUGGGCCCGAGAUGCAAAUUUGUCCGCUCGUCAAAGAGCGAGGGAAUAGUAGGCAGCGGAAAGAUGAAUGUGUUGUGACAAAGAACUCGGACGAGGGCCGGAACAAAGAUCCGGCAGACGGGAACUCCAGUAAGCUUGAACACUGCGUAGAAAGAUCCUCGUCAAGCGACAACAGACGUAGGAGCCCCCGCCUUCUCAUACGCCCUCUCGGACUUGAAGAGCAACGCAAUCGAAGUUUUCCAAUGGCUCAAAUCGCCACCGAGGCAAGUCUACUCGAUAAAAUUGCGGAGGCCGAGGAUCGAAGGAGGAAUGGAGAAAGUCGGGAUGCAAGCGCCACCAUAGAAGACAGCUCCACCUCCAGCUCGCUUGCACAUGCGCUUUAUACAAUGGUCUCUGAAGCUGGAGAUACGGGCUUAACAGUCCGUGAGGCAGGAAGGAAGGUGUUACAGCAGGGGCUAUUGAAACUCUUUGAGCCCGAGGACGUCCCACUUUCGGUGCAAGUUGCAAGAGCUAUGCGAAAGAACGCCUAUUUCAUAGAAGCUGGCGGGAGGUUUAUUUUAUGGAGCACGUUCCUGAGGAGGGAAUGCAGAACAGCUGCGCUGAGACGGAGGCCCAUGGCAGCGUCCGCUUGCAAUCCUAACGACAUGCAGAAUCCAGCACCAAGCAAGACGAGGAAAGGCACGCCUCUCAAGGCGGAGAUGAGGUGUCGGAAGCGGAGGAGGAGCAACCAGCACUGAAAAACCGGGUACUGUGAAACUGCUCCAAGCUCCUCUUUCCGCUUGAGUGCUUGUUUUCCCUCAGGCUUUUUGUUUGAGUGACUUCCAAGUCAUGCCUUGUCAUGACUCUCUCGACUCUCAGAUCGACAUGAGUGAUCGAGCUUUCACGGGUUUCCUCUUCA